CGGCGGCGGCGAAGGGGCGGCCGAGCCCCCCCGGGAGUUACGCUGUAGCGACUGCAUCGUGUGGAACCGGCAGCAGACGUGGCUGUGCGUGGUACCUCUGUUCAUCGGCUUCAUCGGCCUGGGGCUCAGCCUCAUGCUUCUCAAAUGGAUCGUGGUGGGCUCCGUCAAGGAGUACGUGCCCACCGACCUGGUGGACUCCAAGGGGAUGGGCCAGGACCCCUUCUUUCUCUCUAAGCCCAGCUCUUUCCCCAAGGCCAUGGAGACCACCACCGCGACCACUUCCACCACGUCCCCCGCUACCCCCUCCGCCGGCGGCACCGCCUCUUCCAGGACGCCCAACCGGAUUAGCACCCGCCUGACCACCAUCACGCGGGCUCCCACUCGCUUCCCCGGGCACCGGGUUCCUAUCCGGGCCAGCCCGCGCUCCACCACAGCACGGAACACUGCGGCCCCCUCGACGGUCCUGUCCACCACGGCCCCUUUCUUCAGUAGCAGCACGCUGGGCUCCAGACCCCCGGUGCCAGGAGCCCCCAGUACCCAGGCAAUGCCCUCCUGGCCCACUGCGGCAUACGCUACCUCCUCCUACCUUCAUGAUUCUACUCCCUCCUGGACCCUGUCUCCUUUUCAGGAUGCUGCCUCCUCCUCUUCUUCUUUCUCCUCUUCUUCCUCCUCUACCACCACUACUCCAGAAACUAGCACCAGCCCCAAAUUUCGUAAGUAAACAUUGUCUCAACUAUGAUUUACUACUGAGUUUCCUUUCUGUCUUCCUGCUGUCUUUUCCCCCUCGCCGCCAGCCUUCUAGCAAGCCCCUUC